UUUCAGAUUGCUAGAAUUAUAUAAUUGUUCAAACAUUUGGUAUGCAAUAAAGUAUAAUGUCGGAUGGUAAAGGUACCGGAAUGGUAAAAGGUCAGGAAAAUGAGGAACAAAAGCAACAACAAUCUCAACGAUUUAUGGCGAGAACAGAAGGAAGUGGAAAUUUGACGACAGUAGCUGAUGAAGAGAGAUCUGAAAGCCAACAUGGAAGUAUGUUCGGCAGAAGUUUACGGGGAGCUUCAGUCAACAUAGCCAACUUUGCUGAUGAAACUUUUCCGGAAAAGGUUGUUUUGGCUACUGAGCAAGUUUCAAGUGAACAGGGAAGUCAGAAUAUUACAUUCGAUGUGACUGAAUUGAAAAAAGAAAAAGUCCGAUUGGAACAUGUUUUGUUUCUCACAAACGGAGAAUUGGAUGCAGUUCGGAAUAAACUGUACAGAGUUAGUGAAGCACAAAAUGCAUUAAAAAAAGAAAAUGAGGAGUUGCUGCGGGAUAGAAGCCAACGGAUGGCCGCGAUACGAGAGCUGGAAGCUGAACGUGACCGUAUAUUACUUGCAAAGAAUGAGUGUGAGCAGAAAGCUGAGAUGUUGUUGCGUCAAAAAGAGGAUUAUGAAGGAAAAAUUAAUCGCUUACAUCAUGACAAGUCGCUUAUUGCAAGCGAUUUGCAACUGCAGAAAAAUGAAGUAGCAAAACUGAUAGAAAAGAAUGUUUUGCUAGAUACCAAACUUGAUGAAUAUGCCAAACAAAAGCGAAUAGUUGAGUAUGAAAAAGAGCGUUGGGCUCAGGAAAAAGAAAUAUAUCUGCACAACAAAGAUUGGUUUAUGAAUGAAAUUAAGGAGCGCGAUCGGAAAUUUGCUGUUUUAAGAAUCGAAAUGGUCCGAUACACUGGUGAACUACAAGCGGAAAUAGCAUCUGUCACGGAUAAGUACGAAUGUGCAAUGAAUGAUGUUAAGAAACUUACAGGAGCACUUGCUGAUCGGAACAAGGAAAUACCUAGAUUGAAUGAUCGCAUCAAAGGGAUCUUAGAGGAUAAUGCACAGAAGCUGAACAAAUUGGAAGAAGAACUAUUAGCAAGUGAACGACUUUGUUCUGUUUACAAAGAGGCCAGCGAUGAUGCGGAAAAUAACUUGCGGCAGCUUAAUGAAGAUUUUGAUAAUCGAGGAAAAUUACUUGAGGAAUCCAAAAAGGCUUAUGAAUCAUUGUGCACUGAGUUUGAAGAAAAACAAGCCGCAUUCACCAAAGAAGUCGUUCAAAAGGAUAAAAAGAUUGAAGAGUUAGUGGACGAAUUGCAGAAAGCCAAUGAUUUAUUGAAAUCUAGACAUCGUGUAACAUUAACGGAUGAUGAAAUCAUGGAGUUAUCUCCGGCAGCUGCUGCUGCAUCAUCCUUGAUUCGUAGUGGUGUUUCACUGACGAGUAUUUAUCGGGAACACUGUCGCGUAGUUGCGGAAUUAGAAGAAGCGAAAGCGGAAAACAAACGUAUCGAAAAGUAUUUCCAUGAACUAGUUGAGGAUAUUGAAGCCAAAGCUCCACUGCUUGCGCAGCAACGCAUAGAAUAUGAAAAGAUAUCGGAUUUAUGCAACAAUUUGCAAGAACAGUUGCAGUCGGCAGAGCAGGAACGGUUAAAACUUGAGAACGCUCGUGAUGCUGCAACACGUGAGUUGACAUAUACCCGAGCUGAACUUGAGCGAUAUCAGCGCGACGUGGAGGAUUUGAGCAGACAGGUUCGUCACUUGCUGCAUGCAUCAGAAGUUGAGAGGGCACGCAACACGGACUCGCCGCCAAUGAAUGAUGAAGAUCGCGAUGUGCUGUGGAAUUCAAUUGGUGAGAUGCAGAAAGUAAACCAAAAAUUGAUGUCUGAUUUACGAACAAUUAAUGCUAAUCGCGACCGCGCAGUAGAGGAGGCUAAAAGUGAAGAAAUUAACAGACUUACCGAUGCUCUAGAUGAUGCUAUCAAGAAAUUAGAUUUCCUUAAAGAUGAAAAUUCAAAGCAGAAUAUGGUGAUUGAAGAACUAGAGAAACAGCGUGAUACGUAUAAAAAAGUUGGUAGCGAGAGAAAAACUCUAGAAGAGUCUCAUACUCUGAUUAAACGAAUGCAAGAAAUAGAAUCUAAGAAUGCGAUAUUGCGAGUGCACUUGGAACGGGCUGAGAAAAGCUUAGACUUGUUUCGUGAAGAAAAACACCAUUCCGAUGAACUUCUGCAAGCACGAAUUGAUCAGCAGUUUGCUUUAAUUGCCGAGUUACGCAAAACAAACGGAAAAUUGGAAGCUGAUAUCGAAGUACAGAGGCAGACACAACUGAUGCUUACAAAGCAAUCAGAAAAUGAUUCAAACGAAUUAAGUUUGGCCCGUGAGAAGUAUAUCAAAAUGGAUAACAACUACAAGAUGGCUGAUGAACGAUGUAGGAAGUUGCAGGAAGAGCUCAUGGAAACGAAGGGGGAAGUUGCCAAAUAUAAGACUGAUGUUGAAGCACUUAUGGAACAAGUUUCGCUUCUGAGAAGCACGGAAGCGCGAUUACAGCAGGAGUUGCAUAUUCUGCGAGAAUCAAAUUACAGUAAUGAAAAAAUGUCGGCUACUUUGAAGCAACUAGAGAAUCGUCUACAGCAUAACGAUGAAGAAAAGGUAAAGAUUCUCGAGAGUCAGUUAGAACUUGCCAAAAAUGAAAAUGAAUCUCUGAAGAAAUUUGUUAGCGAAAUUUCGGAGCAGCAUCGUUUGAUCAGUUUAGACUUGAAGAUGACAACGAAUAAAAUCCAAACGGAACGUGACCAGGCACUGGCAAGCAAGAAAUCAGCAGAAGAACGGUUGACAUGGAAAGAUAAGGAAUUAAGCGAACUGCAAACAAAAUAUGAUGAUUUGAUGAGUCAGCUGAAAACACCAGAUUCGUCUCUUGAAUCUACCGAUGGCGGUUGUAAAAAAGAGGCACAACAGCUUCGAAAUCGUAACAGUUAUUUAGAAAAUCAACUAAAGGACAUGUGUCACAAGCUGGAAGCAAGUGAGAAAAUGCUGGCGAUACGUGAACAAGAACUUAAUGAGAUUAACAAAUUGAGUAAUAAUAUGGAGACAACAUUACUCGAACAAGGAGCAAGCGCUCUUGCUGAACGAAAUAGUCUGCAGGCGAUGCUGGAUUUAGUAAAAGGGCAAUUAGCUGAAAGUGUAAAAGCAGUUGAAAAUCAACGAACGGAAAUAGCCCUGUUGGAGCAGAAGUUACAAGAAAAGGCCACUGAAACGGAGCAGCUGAAAAUAGAAAAAAUGAAAGAAUAUCAGGGCUUGGAGAAGCGAUGCAGCGUUUUGGAUAUACAGAGAGCUAAUGCUGAAGCUCGGAUACAUGAACUGGAAUUAGAAAAUACGAAAAUUGCUGCUGCGAAAGUUUCGUUUGACGAAGAAAGCAGUCGAAUGAAAGAAGACAUCAGCAAACUGGAACAAGCACUUCGUGUUAAGGACGCUGAAGUUGUCAAUUUGAAAAAUACUGCAGUUGGGCUUGAGCAAAAAUCAGAAGAUGUUAGGCGAAGCUGUUCAUCGGAAGUGGCUGCACUUCGUGUUGAAAAGAAUCAAUUUGAGGAAGAACUCAGUUUAGCUAAUAAAUUAAUUGACGAGCAGAAGCAGAAGCUCGAAGAAUUGGGUGAUAAUUUAAUAAAGGUAACGGAACGUAUGGCUGUCUUGGAACGUUCUGGAAGCGCUUCGACUUCUAGUGAAGAUGUUGCACCUGUUGGUUCGAAAUCAGCUGUUGCGAUGUAUGAAGUUAUCAAAUAUUUACAAGGAGAAAAUCGACAAGCUAUGGAACGAAUGAUGAAUGCUGAACUGCAAUGGAAGCGUUUGCAAGUUCAACAAGCCACGGCUGACGAAAACCGACUAAAAUUGGAAGAAGAAAUUCAAAAACUUCGGAGAGAGGCUGAAGCACAUGUUCGUUCAAUUGCGGAAAAAAGUGAAAUGGUAGCACGAUUGACGUUGAUGGAAGAUAUACAAAAAGAAAAUCAGAACAUAAAAUUACAGAAUGAAAAAUUAACUCGUCACAAUGAACAACUGUCGAAAAAUAUAAACGAUUUGCAAGUACGUAUUGCUAGUUUGGGUGCAGAAAAAGUCACGGAAAAAGGAAGAUUACAGAACGUCUGCGCCGACUUGCAAACUUGUCGGAAAGAACUUGAAUCCUGGAAGGAACGGCAUAAUCAAGCUUUGAUUUCAUUGGGUAAAUUUGGACCCGAAAGAAUAGUUGCUUUAAAUAACGAAGUUGAAUCACUGAAACGCAGACUAAGUGUAAUAACAACGGAGCGUGAUUCAUUGAAAAGAGAAAUAGAAAAAUCUCAAGAAUCAACAUUUAAGGAAGCGCUGGUGGAUGUGCAGAAGAAAUUUGAUGAAAGUGAAUCGGAACGGCUCAAACUAUCAGCAAAAUUUGAACAAGCUAGAUUACUUGCACGUAGAUACAGGAUGAAAUCUCAAACAUUAGAAAAAGAUGUUGAAGGACUGAAAGCAAUCCUGGCUGAGAAAUCAAUAGUAGAAGAGGAAAAUACUACCGAAACUGCAAAGCUGAGGCAGGAAUUGCUUGCACUACGCGCUGAGAUUGAGAAACAGAAACAACAGAAAGUGGUACCCCGAACUGGUUGGCCAGUUGAUGCUGGAACAGGUGGUACACAACCAACGAAAGCAAGCACAAUUCUUCAAACACAGUUGAAACAAUUGGAAGGACUCAAUCAACAAAAUAAGGAUUUGUCCAAACAGUUGGAAGAGUCCGCCGAAAGGUACAAAGUAGCGCAGGCGAAACUGAGCGAAGCUGAGGCUAAAUUCAGAGAAAUGAAAACAGAAAGUGAUACAAAGGAAGAGUUACGUUUCCGAUUAAAUUCAAUCACAAGUAUGUUAACCAAGAAAGAACAAGAAGUCGCUCGACUGCGAGAAGAACUUGAAACAGCUAAACAAUCAGACGAGGCUUAUCAAGGGAAGAUAAAAGUUUUAGAAGCUACAUUGGACAUUUGUCGUAAGGAAGCCAGCAAUCGUCAUGGUUUUUCCGGCACGGCAUUUGUUAAAUCUGUUAGCUCGUCCACGCCUGUGAUUUCUCAGAGUCAGAGUUCUCCUACUGAUGCGCUCCCUGCUACCAACACUGCUGGACCAGAUUUCUCUCCCUUGUCUAAAGAAGAAACACCAACGACUUCACAAUCAAUGCCGCUUGUUAAACCGGCUGCGACGGUAGACGCUACGCAGAAUGAGAAGUAUGAAGACGCAAAACAAAAAGUAGCAAUAGUUGGAAGUAUCGAAGAACAAGAAACACAUCGAAGUACACCUGUAUCAACAACUAGUGAACAGAGUAAUACUGUGAGCCAAUCAUCUUCUGGUGAUAUUAUUCAAGUACGAUUACAACAGCAUAAUGUUACUUCUGGUAAUGGUGAUGGAGCGAAUAUCAUCACAAGCAGUGUAGCAAGUGGAGAUAUACCAACUGCAAUACAAGGAAUCGUGUCACAAGUGGGACCACAAUCGAUUUUGAUAACCCGUAAUGAAAAUGAACCAUCAAGGAAACGAACAUACAUACCAUCAAGUGAUCAAAUUGAAACGGGAUCGGAUGUUUUGGAACCGCGAAAGCGUUAUAGGGGAAGUCCUAUGGGGCAGGUUUCCACAAGUGGUCGUUUCAUAAAAUCAGGAAGUGAAUCACGAAUUGAUAUCGAACAGCAUGCUACGGAUGAAGCUGAACAUGAACAGCAAGAAAGUGUUGAAACAACUACAAAUCCUGAAGGUGACCGAUCGGAUGUCAUGAGGACGAACGAAGCAGAAAAGAAUACUAAAUCGGCUAGUGAAGUCCAGGAAGCUAGUGCCGAUGUCAGUUAUGAAACGGUUGGUGAGGGAUUGGCGCAAGAAGAAGGGCAUGCUGAGGAACAAAUGGAGGAUAAUGGACACGAUGUUAUAGUUGGCGAAGAUAUUGGGCGUGAAGCUUCAGCAGAUGAGGAUAAUCUUAGUGAAGAAGCGGGCGAUGAAAUGUUAGAAGAGAUGGAGGAUGAAGAAUUUGAUGAAGAGGAACCAGAUGAAGAGGGUGAUUUCGAUCUACCUCCAAAUUAUAGAAGAUCUGAUUACCGUUCUUCGCGAGCUAGACAGCAUCUAGAAUCAGUAAAUGAUGGUGAUGAGGAUGAUGGUGUUAUUCUAAUAGAAGAUGAAGAUGAUGGUGAAAUGGAGCAUUCACACUCCCCAGCAGAUCUUUCCAUGGAUGAAGCACAUGGUGAGGAUCGCAAACGUUCAGUUGUUGUUGAUGACGAUUUAGAAACGAGCACUGCUGAAGCUCGUGAACGACAAAACGUCCAAGGGGAAACCAUUCGGCGGAUGGAACUCAGUUUGAAAACUGCUGCGGAACAAUCCAGUGCUACCUCGCAUAUGGAUUCAUCAACAUCGCAGGGUUUUGUUGCAGAUCGUACGGGUGAAGGUGAUGCAAGUCGUUCAGAGCACUACAGUUCGGAAGCGCUUUAUGUACCGGUGGCAGAACUUGAUUUGCAACCCCAUUCAUUGAAUACAGCUUCACAAGAAGGUGGUGAUGUUGUAUCCGGUUCAGAAUUGCACGUGGUACGUGACUCGCCACCGCUUAUAGAAAACAUUGAAUCUGAUAGUCGUGGCGCAUCAAGUACGGUUGCUCCGAUAACAGGUACAGAUGUUGAUAGUGGUGAGAGUGAACAUGCACUGAUGAUUGAAGAAGGUGGAAAUGAUGUGGCCGAAGAGGAGCAAGGAGACAGGCAUGCUACACAAACGGACGAUGAAGCAGCGUCUUCGGGACCGAGUACAUCAGAUGGGUCAACAACCAGACGUAUUAGGAUACGGUAUCCCGAUAUAACGGAACCCACUUCAAGCAGCAGUGAUGCAACUCAUCAAAGUUCGGGUUCUAUGCAACGUGGAGGACGUGCCACACUGUUACGUCGUGGACGUGGAUAUCGCAUGUAAUAAAACUGGUGUGGACUCAGAAAAUUAAUUUUGGAAAAAAUUUUGUUUCUAUUUAUUGAUACUUUGGAAAACAUAUUUCAAUGCUUUUUUCUAAAUUUUAUGUCAUUAUUUUGCUUAUACAAAGUAGAGUUACUUCUGAC